AUGGUUUCAAAAUUUAAUGUUGCCAAUUGUACUAAUCCAAAACUUGAAAGUUGCUCAUGUAAGAAAGCAAUCCUUUUUAAGCCUUCAAUAAACUUUUCUUCUCCUUCGCACAGUGUACACAACUACACCCCCAAGGUUGGAGAACUUGAUACAAGGAAAGCCAUCCGACAAGCUUUUGAUGUUUGGCAGAGAGUGACUCCACUUACCUUUGAAGAAGUUCCUUACCAUGAAAUAAAAAGUGACAGAAAAGAGGCAGAUAUUAUGAUAUUUUUUGCUUCUGGUUUCCAUGGUGAUAGCUCUCCUUUUGAUGGGGAGGGUGGAUUUCUAGCCCAUGCUUAUUUUCCUGGACCAGGAAUAGGAGGUGAUACUCAUUUUGACUCAGAUGAGCCAUGGACACUGGGAAAUUCUAAUCAUGAUGGGAAUGAUCUUUUUCUGGUUGCAGUGCAUGAAUUGGGUCAUGCCUUAGGCCUUGAGCAUUCCAAUGACCCUAGUGCUAUUAUGGCUCCUUUUUAUCAGUACAUGGAAACACACAACUUUAAGUUACCCCAAGAUGACCUUCAAGGAAUUCAGAAGAUCUAUGGUCCACCUGCUGAACCACUGGAACCCACCAGACCUUUACCAACCCUUCCUGUCCGCAGAAUCCAUUCUACUUCAGAAAGAAAACAUGACAGACAUUCCCGGCCUCCUCGGCCCCCUCUAGGAGACAGGCCUUCUGCUCCAGGCAGCAAACCCAACAUAUGUGAUGGAAAUUUCAAUACUGUGGCUCUGUUCAGAGGAGAAAUGUUUGUUUUCAAGGACCGCUGGUUUUGGCGUCUCCGUAACAGUCGAGUGCAAGAGGGUUAUCCCAUGCAAAUCGAACAGUUCUGGAAAGGGCUCCCAGCAAAAAUUGAUGCUGCCUAUGAAAGAUCUGAUGGAAAAUUUGUUUUCUUUAAAGGAGAUAAGUACUGGGUUUUUAAGGAAGUGACAGCAGAACCAGGGUACCCGCACAGCCUAGUGGAGUUGGGCAGCUGUCUUCCCCGGGAAGGAAUUGACACAGCUUUACGGUGGGAACCUGUAGGUAAAACCUAUUUCUUCAAAGGAGAUAGAUACUGGAGGUACAAUGAAGACAAGAGAGCCACAGAUCCAGGCUACCCCAAGCCAAUCACGGUGUGGAAAGGGAUUCCACAAGCUCCACAAGGGGCUUUUGUCAGCAAAGAAGGCUUUUAUACUUACUUUUAUAAAGGUAAGGAAUACUGGAAGUUUGAUAACCAGAGGCUGACUGUGGAGCCAGGGUACCCUAGGUCAAUUCUCAAAGACUGGAUGGGUUGCAACCAGAAGGAAGUUGAACGAAGCAAAGACCGACGCCUCUCUCAUGAUGAUGUUGAUAUUAUGGUAACUAUAAAUGAUGUGCCUAGCACCGUUAAUGCAAUUGCAGUUGUGAUCCCCUGCAUUUUAUCUCUGUGUAUCCUUGUCUUGGUAUACACAAUCUUCCAGUUCAAAAAUAAAGAGGUUCAGCAAAGUGUGACAUACUACAGAAGACCUGUGCAGGAAUGGGUAUGACAAGUUCAGUAGCUCAUUUGGUUCAUGAGAUGAUGAUGAUGAUGGGCUGCAGACAUUAGAAGGUGGUUUGAUGGAUAGCCUGCCAAACAACUUCUUCAAGAGGCGUAAAUGAGUCAGAGAAUUCUGGGAUUGAAAACAAAAACAAAAAUCAACUAAACCCAGGUGGCCUUGCACUGUAGAGCCGCUUUCCUUCUGACUGCCUCAGUGCCGUGUGUCUUAGUGUGACAUAUUUGACCAACCCACUCAGUGAGUGUUGGGAGACCUCAAGAGGAGUUUGCUUCAACCUUUUUUCAAUUCACUUGAGCAAUCUUCUUCAGUGCCCUCUUUUAAACCCAGCAUUUGCCAGUGUAGCCAACCACCUAUUGAGUCUUUUUUUCUACACUUGCCUCAUAAAAAAAGGACAGUUCUGUGGGCCACAAAAGGAACAUUUCAGUACCUUUUGAAGAGGACAUUCUGAGGCUUAGUCAUUCUGAAAGAUUUUAAUUUAUUACAGGAUCCAGGCAAUUACCUGAAUACCAUUUUUUCCAAUACCUGCUGGUCAGAUGUUUUGUACAUUCAUGGUAAUGUCUCCACU